GUUGUGCGUUUGUUGCUGCUAGCUUCACUUUGGAGCAACAGAACAGGGAAUCUGAGGAAUUUAUGGUCUAUAUCUGAAACCGACGAGCGGUCUUCUGUUGUCACGGUUGACCUCAUGGAUAAAUACGGCCGGAUGACUUCCUGUUGGUUGCUGAUCCACAUCCUCCUCUUCUCCUGCUCUUCAGCUCACAAUGACUUCUUCACCUCCAUCGGUCACAUGACUGACCUGCUGUUCACAGAGAAGGACCUGGUCGCCUCACUGAAAGACUACAUCAGAGCUGAGGAGAACAAACUGGAGCAGAUAAAGAAAUGGGCGGACAAACUGGACGUCCUCUCCGCAGCGGCCACGCAGGACCCCGAGGGUUUCCUGGGACACCCGGUGAACGCAUUCAAACUGAUGAAGAGACUCAACACAGAGUGGGGGCAGCUGGAGAACCUGGUGCUCACUGACAUGUCUGAUGUGUUCAUCUCUAACCUCACCAUCCAGAGGCAGUACUUCCCCAACGAUGACGACCAGAUCGGCGCUGCCAAAGCUCUGAUGAGGCUGCAGGACACCUACCAGCUGGACACCAACACCAUCUCCACUGGAGAGCUGCCAGGCUCAUCCUCCUCUCACCGUAGCAUUCUGACUGUGGACGACUGCUACGACCUCGGGAAGGUGGCGUACUCCGAGGCAGACUACUACCACACAGAGCUGUGGAUGGUUCAGGCCCUGAGGCAGCUGGAUCAGGAUGAGACGUCCAACACCGUGGACACUGUCACCAUCCUGGACUACCUGAGCUACUCCGUCUACCAGCAGGGGGAGCUGGACAGAGCGCUGGACUUCACCAAGAGGCUGCUGGAGCUCGACCCAGCACACCAGCGAGCCAAAGGGAACCUGAGGUACUUUGAGUAUCAGCUGACUAAACAGAAGAAGAUGGAGGAAAGAGAGGAGGAGGAGGAGGAGACUGAGGGGAGACAGAGAAAGGGUCGACCUGACGAUUACCUUCCAGAGAGGAAGAAGUACGAACAGCUGUGUCGCGGCGAGGGCCUCAGGAUGACUCCUCGCAGGCAGAGCCGCCUCUUCUGCCGUUACUAUGACAACAAUCGGCACCCGAAAUACGUGAUCGGUCCGGUGAAGCAGGAAGACGAGUGGGACCACCCCCGCAUCGUCCGAUACCACAACAUCGUGUCUGACAGGGAGAUGGAGAAGGUCAAAGAGCUGGCCAAGCCCAGGCUGCGUCGAGCCACCAUCUCUAACCCCGUAACCGGUGUGCUGGAGACGGCCCACUACCGCAUCAGUAAGAGACGUGCCACGGUGCAUGACCCUCAGACAGGCAAACUGACCACGGCCCAUUACAGAGUCUCCAAGAGUGCUUGGCUCGGAGCAUUCGAACAUCCGGUGGUGGACGAGAUCAACCAGAGGAUCGAGGACCUCACCGGCCUGGACGUCACCACUGCCGAGGACCUGCAGGUGGCGAACUAUGGUGUCGGAGGACAGUACGAACCUCACUUCGACUUUGGACGGAAAGAUGAACCAGAUGCUUUUGAAGAGUUGGGGACAGGAAACAGAAUUGCCACCUGGCUGCUUUACAUGAGUGAUGUGCAGGCAGGGGGCGCCACAGUCUUCACUGACAUUGGAGCAUCUGUGUGGCCCAAAAAGGGCACGGCCGUGUUCUGGUACAACCUGCACCCCAGUGGAGAAGGAGACUAUCGGACCCGACACGCUGCCUGUCCUGUUCUAGUCGGCAACAAGUGGGUGUCCAAUAAAUGGAUCCAUGAGCGAGGGCAGGAGUUCAGGAGGCGCUGUGGCCUCCAAGAGUACCACUGACCACCGUCCGCCCUCCUCCUUCAUCUCAGACCUCCUCCUCCUCCUCAUCCUCCUCCUCUUCAGCCGUCAGUCUGAGGCGGUGGCUGCACGUGAUUUGACACAUUUAUUUUUUAUCAGAAAAGUGUGUGUGUGUGAGUGAGUGUGUUAGUUCCACUGAUAACUUAUUUUUUAAACGCUGAUGAUCAAAACCAAGUUUCAAAAACUGAUACUCAAUAACACUGAAAUAAUGACACAUUGUUACUUCAGAUUUCCUUUUUUUUUCCAUUAAAUUCCAUCAACGUAUCAAUUAAUGAUGAUGGUGUUUUGGUCUUUUUAAUGAGAUAAUGGCCACAAUUCACUCUUUUCUUUAUUUAGCAUUUAAUAAAUGCUGGGAGGUAAAGUCAGAUGUUAUUGGGAUGAUUAAAAGAUAAAUUAACUGUAGCAUAUUAAGGUGUGUGUGCGUGUGCGUGCGGGUGUGUGUGUGUGUGCUCUGAGCAUGAAAACAUCUCUGAAUGAAUUGAAGAAUGAAAUGUUCUACAGUAUAAAGUUCAGGUUUUAGUGUCAUUUCACAGAUUAAGAAUACCAUAAUACAUUACAAUAUUAUUCUACAUUUAUUUAUCCAUUAACAAGUUUCAAAUUUGGAAACCUCUCAGUUUGCACCUUAAUUAAUUGAAAACUCCGGCCCUUUAUUACAAGAUAGAAUUUGAUUAGCAGCUGUAAUGAUAUUUUCCAUGUUAAUUAGGCCUUUACUUCAUGCAGAAAACCCUUUAACAACUCUUAAAAUAUUAUUAUUCAUCAUUUUAUUCAUCAAUUAAUCCCACAUUUGGGCGAAACCCCUGAGGUUGUGCAUUAUUAAUAGAUUAUUAAUAGAUUAUUAAUAGAUUAUUAAUAGAGUAUUAGAUAGAAAAGUGCUAAUUUAUGACCCUUUUGAAAUCCAUCUGUCUAAACUCUGAAUAUAAGAAUCCAUAAAAUAUCAAAUAUUUCAUAUUAUUGUUACCAUGACGACUGCUGCAGGGUCAACACAAAGCUUCCCUGUUUUGCUUUCCGCCUGAAACGUGUUUUUCUCAUAGCCGCUGCUCUUCACACUGUGACACUUUCAGUAAAAAGUCAAAUCACUCCGUUGCUCGUCUUUCAGCCUCCUCUGAGUCACCUCUUUGCUGAAGACUCUCCAGGUGUUAUUCGCACAAAGUUGAAAAAAAAAUUGUCACGCAAAGAAUAAUUUAAUUACCUGAGUCACGUAACAGCUGAUGUGCCUCUAAGGGAAAGUAACGGACAAAUGAAACCCUGUAAUGUGUAUUUUUAUAAUAACAGUGUUUGAACUGACUGUGUGUUAUCAGCUGACUCUGCAGCUCUCAGCUUCAAGGAGCUUUAUCGUGACUUUCAGCUCAUUGUUUAUCGGUCCGGACAAACAGAGGCCAGGCGAGACCGGCUGGAGCCAGAUAUUUCCCUCAGGAGCCGGAGGAGACCAAACACAGAGCUAAAAGAGAGAGACUCCUGGACCGACACAAACACGGCUCCGCAUCAACCGUCAUGUUGUUGUGUAGCUGCUGGAUGUGGAAAACAAACGAUCGAUAACGAGCUCAAAAUCAUUUCCCCAUGAAACGAAAUGCUCCAUCUCCAGAAUUCUGACACAAAUAUACAGAAACUCUGCAGACCAGCUGUGGGUUGGUUAUAAUUCGUAUUGUUUCACCUGCAGAGGUGGAAUGUAACUCAGUACAUUUACUCAAGUACUGUUGAGGUACUGGAUUCUUUUCACGCUGCUGUUUUGUACAAUUCUACUCCAUUACAUUUAUCUGACAGCUUUAGUUAAUUUACAGUUAAGAUUUGAUUUUGUUAUAAAUUAAAGUACCAACAGUUUAUACAAGUACAGCUGAAACAAUUAGUUGAUUAAUCAAUUAGUUGAUAAUGAUUGAUCGUCUAUUGUGAUGAUGGUUUCAGUGACUUUUCCUGUAAAAUCAUUGGAUGUUUCAGCUUCUCAGAUGUUUGAUUUGCUGCUUUAAUGAUUUGAAUGUGUUUGUAAUAAUGUCGAGCUUUGGACUAAACAAACACUGUGAAGGCGUCACUUUGGCCUCAUCGUCACCACAUUUCUCACUAUUAUUCACAAUGUUUCCAAACCAAACGAUCGAUCCAUUAAUGGAGGAACUAAUCAGCAGAUUCAUCCAGAAUGAAAAGAAUCAUUAGUUGCAGUCUGAUACAAAACAGCUGAAAAUGAGCCUCAACCAGCUCCAACAGUAAAAUCCUGCUUUGACCUGAACGACUGAGUCACAAUAAUCUGAUGAGAUCAGACAGAACAGCAGAACAGUCACAGGGACAUUUUACUGCUCUGAGUACUUGUACUUAAUUACUUGAAGUGCAUUCUCCUGAUUAUACUUACAUACUUUUACUGAAGUAAUGCAGGACUUUGUGGUGUUAGUACUUUUGUAGUAGUAUUGUAGUAUUUGUACACUAUGGAAUUAGUGUAUUAGUACUUUUACUGUAGUAAAUUAUCUGAAAUGUUCCUCCAGCACUGGUCAGCUGACCUCAGCAUGAAUGACAGGUUAAAUGCUGCUGCAGAUUCUAAUCGUGUCACUUGACCACCUGACACACUUCCCCCUCCCACUCUGACCCAUUACAGAGCCCUCUUACCCACAACUACUGUGUGUGUGUGUGUGUGUGUGUGUGUGUGUGUGUGUGUGUGCGCGUGUGUGCGUGCGUGUUUUAUUUCAGCCUUGAGGUCAUUCACUCGCUGCAGGGACAAACAAACUAUGACUCUCCUCUCUUCUGCCUCCUCUUUUUUUCUUUUCUUUGAACAGACAAACUCAUGCAGCUGCUCUGAAGGUCAUAUUUGACUUUUUCCCCCUUUUAAUCUGAAUUUUAACAGUUGUCACAUGAAUGUAGCACGAGUGCAGAUAUUUUUAAACCUCUCAAACAACAGAGAGAAGUCUGUAAAUGGAAUCCAAGAAUUCAACUUUUCAACCUUCUUUCUCUCUCUGAGAGUCAGAUGUGCCGUUUAAUUUGCUUUCAUGUCUGCACAUUUAAAAUGAAGCUACAGCAAGCAGCUGCUUAGUUUAGUUUAGCUUAGCUUAGCUUACCUUAGCUUUGCUUUCUUUAGCAUCAUUUGGUCAGGACCAGAUUGAAGAUCAAACUUCUUAUCUAACAUGGCGGGUUGUAAAGUAGUUAACACUGAUCAUAACUUUGCAUGACGAUGGUGAUUGUGAUCUGAUACCUGUGGUGCAGCCGGGUCACAUGACCUGAAAACAUGUGAGCAAUGUGUCACAGACUGUGUGGACCAAUCAGGACUUCACUACUGUCAGCAAACAACCAGAGAGACAAAACAGGAAGUGGUGGAAGAAGUACUCAGAUCAUUUACUUCAGUUGAAGUAGUAGUGGCACAAUGUAAAAAUACGUUGUUGCGAUCAAAGUACAGAAGGACGAACAUCAAAAUAUAAUCAAAGUACCAAAAGUAAAAGUAGUCAUUAUGCAAGGUGGCCCCUAAUUAUGUGUGUGUCAUGUGUUCAUCACUUUAAUGGUGCAGCUGGUACAGAUGGAGCUCAUUUUAGUUACUUUAGUUACUACUGCUGUGGAGUUUUAUCCAUAAUUUAUCAUAACCGAUUAGUUGAUUAAAUUUUGAGUCAGUAAUCUGAAGCUGUCAGGUAAUUGUAGUGCAGUAAAAUGUACAAUACGUCCCUCUGAGAUUUGGAUUGGAAGUAGAAAGUAGCAGAAACUGGAAAUACUCAAGUACAAGUACCUCAGAAUUGUACAGUAGUUGAGAAAAUGUACUUCUACACCAGGAAAAGAGGAGAUGGGACAGAUUUAAAAGAUGAGCUAGCUGCAUUAUGGAAGUAUGAAUAAAAUAGUUGUUAUAUGAGUCUUCAGCUGUGAGAGUUUUACAUGAAUCGAGUGUCUUCGUCCUGGUGGCUGAGUGAAGGUUCACUGCUGCACUCACUCAUUUUCACUCCAUCUGCAAGUGAGCUGUUUUAAUAUCCACUGUCACUGACCUCAGAUCUGUUUCACUGCCGUACGUCUGCUGCACAGCACAGCUUUGGUUUAGCAGAGGUGUGUGAGUCACGCUGCUGUUCGCGUGUGAGUGACUGAGACGACUGUUCAAAGACAUAAAUGUUGAGAAUGUUCUGGAAGAUGUUUCUAAUCACAAUGAAUAAAGAAUGAAGCACUGCUGCAACU